UUAAUUUUGUGUGCUGUUAUGUUGUAAUUGAGUUGUGAUACGGUUUUUCCUUAUAAAAAGCUUAGCGUGUGUACAAAGCUCACCAUUUCUAUUCAGUUAUCUUUACAUUACGUUACCACCAACUCUUCCAAACACAAAUCAAAAACAUACAUACAUAUAUAUUAUUCAUAUCUAUAUAUAUAUAUAUGUACCUAAGUCCUAGCUGCCCCUUUUCCUUAACCUUAAGACUCAUCUCAUAGAAAAUUAAGGCACUUUGGUUGCAUAUAAAAAAUGGAGCAUGAGAAGAAUAAGAGAGCAAGAGAAUAUGAUGAUGUUGAAGCUGAGAUUUGGUUUUCUUUUGAGAAUAAUAACAAAAAGUCUAAAAAAAGAGAUGUUUGUGGAAUAAGCUUCACCAAAGACAAGAAAGAAGUUGGAGUAUUUGAUUUCCCUUGGUUGAAAGAUGGUGUUAUUUCAAAAUCAGAAGACUACUUGAAGGAUUUUGAAGACAAUUUCUUGUCACCUUUACAAAAUCAAGACAACACUUUUUUCAAAGUUUCUUAUGGUAUUGAUUUCUUUGAGGAAUAUCAUGGAUUAUCAUCAAUGACUCAUAUUCCAGAAGCCAAGUUGAUGGAAGAUGUGUGGCUUCCAUUUGAGAUUAAUGGUUUGGAGGAUUUGGAUUGUAUUUGGAGCUCUCUGCUAAAUAAAUAACUGCAUGUUUGACGAAUUUAUAGUGGCACUGCGAUUUUGUUAAAACUUCGAAGUGUAGUUUUUGGUGAAAUUAAAGUGACAUAAUGUGAUUUCACCUAACUCACUGUCAAUCCAAAAAUGCAGGGAGCUUCUUUGACACAAUCAACAACAUAGGGUAAUUUUUUUUAAUGUUAUUAGUCCUAGCUACAAUUUUCGUCAUAGAUGAAUAUUUCAACCUUGUAUUAAGAGCCUAAUAUUAGUUAAUUCUAGUCCAUGUUUUUCUUUAUUGGGAAAUUAAUUCAUGCCAUCAUUAAUUUUGUUAAAUUUCUCUUUUGAUUGUCCAAAUAAAUUAGAAGAGUUGUAUGUUGAACAAGUAAAAUGUGGGGGAUUUAAUUUAUAUAGCAGUCAACAUUUUUCUGCAUUUACUACUUAUUUUUGUAACAUGUAUCCUAAGCCCUUAUAUAAAGUAUGAAAAUUUGAACCUA